UUUUUUAACCAUGCAGAUACAAUUAAAUUGGCUCCGAGUGUGUUCCCUUUUCUUCCUGUUACCCCGUGGCCUUGCAGAUAGGACUUUUUUUUUUUUUUUUUUUUUUUUCCCCUCGGCAAUGGGAACAGAGCAGUUCUUUGUGGGUUAUUAUUUUCUUUCCAGAGAUUUUUUUUUUUUAAAUCUUUCUCAGAUAAACUUCUAAUUUUUUUUUUCCUUUAAAAAAAAAUAUCAUUCUUCUGAGCUUUCAGUAUUAGUUAAAUGUAGUUUUUCUUCAGUAGUAUUACAGGCAGGAUUUGAAAUCUCCUGGACUCUUUGGGGAGGGAGCAGGGGGGGCUCUGGUGCAUCCGCAGUGAUUUGCUCCGCUGGAGUUUCAGCGCCCAGGCUGCACCAGCGCUACCUGCUCCGGCUCUGCGCACCGGCUCCCUUCCAACGCCAGGCUCUUGUUUUGGGAGGUGGAAGCAGGAAUUCUGCCCAUGGCCACAAGAUGUGCCCUACUUUGGAUAUUCCUGCAUUGAAUGUCUGAGGAGCUCCGGCCGAUCCUGAGCCAUGUCGCAGAUGUUGCACAUAGAGAUUCCCAACUUUGGGAACACCGUUCUGGGCUGCCUGAACGAGCAGCGGCUGCUGGGGCUGUACUGCGAUGUCUCCAUCGUGGUGAAGGGCCAAGCCUUCAAGGCUCACCGGGCGGUGCUGGCCGCCAGCAGCCUCUACUUCCGAGACUUGUUCAGUGGGAACAGCAAAAACGCCUUUGAGCUGCCGGGCACCGUCCCCCCGGCUUGCUUCCAGCAGAUCCUGUCCUUCUGCUACACCGGCAAGCUGACCAUGGCGGCCAGCGAGCAGCUGGUGGUGAUGUACACGGCGGGCUUCCUGCAGAUCCAGCACAUCGUGGAGAAAGGGACGGACUUGAUGUUCAAGGUCAGCUCUCCCCACUGUGACUCUCAGACCACCAUGAUCGAAGACCCCAGCUCGGAGCCGCAGAGCCCCUGCAACCAGCUGCAGUCGGCCUCGGCGCCCUACGUCAUGUCCCCCUCCAUGCCCAUCCCGCUCCUCACGCGCGUCAAACACGAGAACCUGGAGCUGCAGGCCCUGCCCGGCCUGCCCGGCAAGCGGCCGCUCGAGCCCGGCGCCCGGGACGGGCCCGGCGGCGCCGGCGGUGCCAACGCGGGGCCGCUGAAGCUGUCGCGCGUCUCCUACUACGGCGUGCCCAACCUGGCCACGCUGAUCCCCAACGUGCAGCAGGUGCAGUACUCGCAGGGGGAGCGCACCAGCCCCGGCGCCAGCAGCAUCCCCACCACCGACAGCCCCACCUCCUACCACAACGAGGAGGACGAGGAGGACGACGAGGCCUACGACACCAUGGUGGAGGAGCAGUACGGGCAGAUGUACAUCAAGUCCUCGGGAGGUUACUCUGUUGCCCAAGAGAAGCCGGAGCAGAUCCCGCUGGAGAACCGCUCCUGUGUCCUGAUCCGCCGGGAUCUGGUGGCUCUCCCUGCCAGCCUCAUCAGCCAGAUCGGGUACCGCUGCCACCCAAAGCUCUACUCCGAGGGAGACCCUGGGGAAAAACUCGAGCUGGUUGCAGGCUCAGGCGUUUACAUCACCCGGGGGCAGCUGAUGAAUUGCCAUUUAUGUGCUGGUGUCAAACACAAGGUCCUGCUGCGACGUCUCCUGGCCACCUUCUUCGAUCGGAACACACUUGCCAACAGCUGCGGAACUGGAAUCAGGUCCUCCACGAGCGAUCCCAGCAGGAAGCCCUUGGACAGCAGGGUCCUUAAUGCAGUCAAAUUGUAUUGUCAGAAUUUUGCCCCGAGCUUUAAGGAGAGCGAGAUGAACGUGAUCGCGGCCGACAUGUGCACCAACGCGCGGCGCGUGCGCAAGCGCUGGCUGCCCAAGAUCAAAUCCAUGCUGCCCGAGGGGAUGGAGAUGUACCGCACCGUCAUGGGCUCCUCCACAAACACUGUCCCCCUGGAGCCCGACUUCCAGCCCAACGCUGCUCAGGCCUUCGAGCAGCGCAUCUAUGCAGAGAGGAGGAGCGAGGCGGGGACUAUAGUAGCCUUGAGAACUAACACAGUGAAUGUAGAGCUGAGCAACGGAUCCAACCAGUCCUUCGAGCAGGGCGAGGACGCCGAAGGCGCCGGCUCCGUCAUCCAGGAGGCAGCUGCCACGGAUGCCAUGGCGUCGGAAACCCAAAGCACUCCGCAACCUUUCGAACAAGGUUCGGGCUCCUCCAGCCGGCCCGAAACCCCCGUGAGAAGACAAGAUGGUACUUAUGGAGGGACUUUAUAGAGAGAGCAAACAUUUCAUGACCUAUAAGGGAUCUGUAAUACUAAAGCUGCUUGCAUGCAUUACUAAUACAAAACAAAAAAAUGUGAUCAAGCCACUUACCUACUGAACUGCUACUGUUGCCUGAAAAAAAUGUGAUUUUUAUUCUGCUUGUAUUUAAAAUUUAUGAAGGAAAUAAUCGCAUUCGUUAUACUGUAAACGACUAGGUCUGUGGCGACCUACUUAAAAAAAUAUUGGGCUCCUUUUUUGAUAUUCCUGAGGUUAGUCUAUAAGAUUGUAGCUUUUUCUUUUUUUUUUCCUUUCCUUUCCUUUUUUUUGUUUUAUUUUUUUUGUUUGUUUUUUUGUUUGUUUAAGAAGGGGAGGAGAAAAGCUAGCCACCCCCCACCCACCACCCUGUCAUCACCCCAUCCAUCACUCAGCUCAGAAGUAAAGCCAUCGUUAACCUUGUCCUCUAAGGAGAGUUUUGUCACUGAACAGGAAAGCGAGGUGUGUUCGGGUGCAGGUGCUGUGACUGGCCGCGUUUGUCUCGGGAAGGGCUCGAGCCAAGUGGAAUGGGCUGGGGGAAAUCGUGGCAGUGAUCGUGGCCAGACCCCUCUGGAGGCAGGGGGAGCCCUGGCCGUGGGUGCUGUUAUCCCAGGGAGGUUCCUGCGGCUCCCUGGAGCGGGGAUGGUUCCGUGGGAGUUCAGGCUGGCGCGUGUCGGGAGGACUGCGUGGGAUGCAGGUGGAGAGCCUGGCUGCCCUUGUGCUUGUGGUCUGGUUUUUGCCCAAUACAGCUGGGUUUGGGUUUGGUUUCUCUCUCCCUCCCUUCCUCCCUCCCAGCCACUCCUUUUCCUUCGCUUCUCCGUGGUUGCACCUUCACCCCCGCUCUGUCACCCCUCUGCACCCCAGGGCGUGCAGGUCCUGGGGCACCCACUGCGAGGGGAGGAGCCCCCCCUCAGCCUGUGAAGGGAUUUAGGGAGGAAUCUGAGCAUGGAGAGCAUGUUGUUCUUGCUGCAAAGGACACGGAGUCGGGAGCUCGUGGCGUUGGCUCCUGGCAGCAUCCGCGCUGGAGGCAGAGCUCAGUGCGUGCAGAGCUCACCCUCUGCCUCCUCCCUCCUCUCCAGGCCAACCAAACUUUAAUAAUUUGGAGUGUACUGGAUGCAAAAAUUAAAAGAAAAAUGAGCUUAGAUCCCUUUUUUGAAGAGGUUUUGGGGAGGAGGAAGUGCUUUGCCUCCUGCUCACCCUCCCGCAGCCCCUUCUGGGAAAAACCCAAUGUGGAGUUAUUUGUCUUUAUUUUUGUUGUUGCAGGCUGAUGUCCCCAGGCUGUGGUGACUAUGGUGGCCUCGGCAUGGGACUUGUGGGUGUCCCUGGAGCCCGAUGGGCAGCAGGUACCUGCUCUGUCCCUCACCUUUACAAAGAAGUGAGCGGAGUCUGUCCCCCAGAGCGGCUCCAGCGGGACCCUGCAGCUUCCCCCGAGGGCUGGGGCCAGGCUGGGGGUCCCACGGGGAUGGGGACAGUGACAUUAAAGCCAAGUUUGGCUUUUUCCUUUUUUUCCUUUCCUUUUUUAAUGAUGGUUAUUUUUACUGUGACUUAACGACCUGCUUUAAUGACACUUGCAGCUUGUUCUCUAACACGUUGGGGACUAGGAACAAGGUGCACAAAGAGUCACUUUUUGGCUGCUGUGGCUGUGCUCCUCUUUUCUUUCCUGCUUUGAUUCCCUAAUCCAGACAGCGCUUUGCUCAGGGUUUUCUUCCUUCUUUAUAUUUCCAUUGGGAAAGGGGGAGUGUGGAGAGGAUAACCCAAAUUUUGGCCAUUUGUUUUGUUUUCUUUGAUACUUGAAGCAGUUUUUUUGCAUCGUAACUAACGAGGCUGCCCAGCCUGUGCCACUGCUCCUGACACAACAAAUCAGUAAUGAGGGGGGGUCCUGCCCCACGUUGGGUUUUGGCACAGCUCUUCUGGGGGGGCUGUGACACCCCAGAGCAGGUUUUGGGGGCUGGUGCAGGUGCAGAGGUGUGGGAUGCUUCGGAGAAGUGGGAAUGGGCUCGGCUCUAUUUGCACUUUACCCACGUCACUAAACAAACCCGGGGACCACGGGCUGAGCUCGGGGGGCUUUGUCCCCAGCCAUCCCUGGGGACACGGAGCAAUUCCUUGGCCCUGGGGUGUCCCCGUGCCCUGGGGACAGCUGCUGGAGGGCAGCUCAGCCAGCUUGGUGGGGCUCAGGUUUGGCUGAGGACCCUCCUGAUCCCCAAAUCUUUGGGUUUGCCAAAAAUCUGAGGCAAAGCUGGGAGCGGCUCCGGGUGCCGGAGAUCAGAAGUCGUCCCUUGUGUGUGUGUCUGUGUGCAUAUAUAUAAAUAUAAAUAUAGAGAGAAAAGAUAUUGCAGAGGAUUCCUCCUCCUCCUCCUCCUCCUUUUUGGCACUUGCUGGGGGUGGGGAGCAGGCUGAGCCCCCCGGCUGGGGGCUGCACUUGGAUGGAGGGAUUUAUUCUGGACCAAACCUGUUCCCAGACAGCCGGCGGGGCCACCGGGGGGGCAGCAGCAAAGUACUUGAAUGGCUUAGGACAGAGAGUCUGGAGAGAGUCAAGUUGCACAGUGAAAAAAUAUAUUUUUAUACCUAGCACAACUUCCUGUAUAUUUUGGGGUUUUUUUCUUUCUUUUUUUUUUUUUUUUCCUUUCAUUUCCUUUUUUCUUUCUUUUUCCUGAUUUGGGUUUGUUUUAUUAAUUAUUAUUAUUAUUAUUAUUAGGAAGGCAAACUUCUAAAAUGUGAAGGGCGUUGGGUUUUUCCUUAUCUGGUAGAUGAGGGCAAGCAUUUUGCACUAAUGUUUCCUGUGUGUGGAGGAUUAAUGAUAUGUUUGAAAAUGUUAUAUGGCAAUGAUUGUAUUCUUCAGAGAAAAAAAAAAACAACAAAAAAGCAAAAAAAAAUAACCCCUUAAAAAUGAAUGUAAGGUGAGAACAGAGCAGUCCAUCGAUUGUAUGCGGCUUUCCUGAGUGCCUUAGAAUUUUUUGAUCAUUUUUUUUCCAAGGAAAACAGAUUAAGAAGAUCAGAUCAUAACCGACUCCUUCCUCCUCUUUGUUUACGACACUAUUUUAAAUUCUAGAAUUUUGGGGCUGCUUUAUAAUGUGAAUAGGAAACUGCAUUCAUCUAGGUCUGACAGUGUAAAAUCAGAGCAUCAGUAUUUAUGGUAUGUCUGCACCUUUAUUCUUAUGCUUGACUAUUAGCAAUAUUACCUGUAUAUUCUAUAUCUAAAGUUAUACCAAGCACCUUUAACGAGCGCAGAGUUAAAGCACCCGAGUUCCCCGCAGCUGCCCCAGUAGGACCAGCUCCUCUCCUCCUCGUUAGCGCUAAUUAAACACCGCUUUGCCGAGGGGCUGCAUGACCCUCUGCCACCCCCGCUGCCGGUGACACGGUGACACGGUGACAUUCCCGACCUUUCCCGGCGCUGAGGGCAGGAGCUGGGAGCGGCUCCUCCUGCUUGGAUCCCUGCAGCUUCCCCGGGGGCUCCGAGCCCACGCAGCGCCCCAAAACUGGAACUGCCCGCGGGGUUUGGGGUGCAGAGCCCCUCCUUGAUGUCCCCAGGGACUUUGUCCCCCUUGUCCUGCAGGAUUUGGGGUGCAGAGCCCCUCUGUGUGUCCCCAAAGACUGUCCCCAGCCUUGGAGCCUUUGUCCCCCUUGUCCCGCGGUGUUUGGGGUGCAGAGCCCCUCCUUGGUGUCCCCAAGGGCUUUGUCCCCCUUGUCCUGCAGGAUUUGGGGUGCAGAACCCCUCCUUGGUGUCCCCAGGGGCUUUGUCCCCCUUGUCCUGCAGGAUUUGGGGUGCAGAGCCCCUCUGUGUGUCCCCAGGGGCUUUGUCCCCCUUGUCCUGCAGGAUUUGGGGUGCAGAGCCCCUCCGUGUGUCCCCAAGGGCUUUGUCCCCCUUGUCCUGCAGUGUUUGGGGUGCAGAGCCCCUCCGUGUGUCCCCAAGUGCUUUGUCCCCCUUGUCCUGCAGGAUUUGGGGUGCAGAACCCCUCUGUGUGUCCCAGGGGCUUUGUCCCCCUUGUCCUGCAGGAUUUGGGGUGCAGAGCCUCUCCUUGGUGUCCCCAAGGGCUUUGUCCUGCAGGAUUUGGGGAGCAGAACCCCUCCAUGUGUCCCCAGGGGCUUUGUCCCCCUUGUCCCGCGGUGUUUGGGGUGCAGAGCCCCUCUGUGUGUCCCAGGGGCUGUCCCCAGCCCUUGUCCCCGGGGCUGUGCUCACAUCCCUAUUUUUUUCUGGAAAUCGCUGCUGCGAAUGGAGGAGGAGCCGUGGGAAGCCGGGCUGAGCCCCGGAGUGUCCCCGGAGUGUCCCCGGAGUGUCCCCGGAGUGUCCCCGGAGUGUCCCCAGCUGUCCCCGCAGCCAUCCCGGGAUUCAACUGCUGUUCCAAGUGUUCCUGCUCCAAACCCUGCUGGGAGCGAGCGAGGGGGCGAGUGGGACGCACUCGCAUUGGAAACCCCUCCACUCCUCCUCCAGUUUCUUCCACUGUUUAAAAGCGUUUUGCACACACACAAAAAAUAAAAAAAAAUAAAAAUGAAAAAAAAAAAUCGUGAUUUUUAUGUCAAGGUUAUUAAAAAAAAAAAAAAGCCAAAACUUGCAAUACUAUUUUUAGCAGACGAGAAUAAAGAAAAAAAAAAGAAGUAAAUAAAAUAAUAAAUAAUAAAAAACAACUGAGUAUAAAUGUAUAAAUAUUUUUGACUUGAACAUUUGGAUGGCACUUGAUUCAAAUAGAACAUUAAUCCUUUGGACAGAAUGUUUGGGGAAAAUAAAGGACUUAAAGUACAAGGUUGUUUUUAAAGCGUCUUCAUAGGGUAUUAAGUAGUACUGUAAUUCAUGACUGUUAAAAAUACUUUCUGUGCUGUAAGGAAAUCUCACAGUACCACUGAAUUAUGUUCCUCAACUGUCUCAGCCACGAACGAUGCUAGCUUCUUUUUUUUUUUUUUUUAAUUUUAUUUUAUUUUUUAUCGUGCAUUAUUCACUAGUAUUUAUGUGCUCUUACUCUGUAUAGUUCAGACUGUUAUUUUGUAGCCAUGGCUGACACGAUAUAUCAGUAACUAAAAAAAAAAGAGAGAGAAAACAUGAAGAAUCCCCCCUGCCCCGAGCUGGAACUGUGCUCAUAGCUGUUUUCAUAUGAUGAAAAAAAAAUCCAUUAAAAAAAAAAAAAAGCAAAAAAAACCAACCCAAUGUGAUCAUUAAUUGUAAAACGCUUUGUAAAAUUCACAUUUACAAAAUAAUAAAGUAAAUUACAAUUAAAAGGUU